AUGGACAAAAUCGAAAAAUUGAAGGAAUCGAAAGUCGAAAAGACUGUAUGUGGUGAAGUAGAUCCUAAUAAUGUGGACGGAGGAAGAAGUACAUCAGUUUCACAGAAUGAACAUGAUGAAAUUAUUGCUACGGAGAAAGUCCUAAAUGCAAUGCUAUUCUAUCGGCGUUAUGGAAUUACCAGGAUUCACAUGAGCAUCUCCUCAUUUCAAAAACUCUCAGAAGAGCAACAGGCAGCGCUUUCUCCAGCUUAUCAGUACCACCUUGUUAAAAUGAAAGAAUGUAUUAUUCACAACCAAAAGGUGUUGAAAGAGAUAAUAGAAUGCGGAGUAAACAUGUUUGGAGAUGAUUUUGCUCUGCGUGCUGCUGCUCAGAUGACCCAGUUAAGACCAUCCAGUGAUCAUUAUAUGUCGAAAGUGAGAAGUACCCUUAAACAAAUUAUGAGGGAUUGGAGUAGUGAAGGUGAAGCGGAACGGGAAAGUUGUUACAGCAGUACGAUGCAAAUUUUAUGUGAACGUUUUCCGGACAAAGAAAGUCGGUCAGCCAUUGGAGUUCUGAUUCCAGGCGCUGGGCUGGGAAGACUAGUUUGGGAGCUUGUUACCGAAGGAUUCUCCGUCCAAGGAAAUGAAUUUUCUAUUUUAAUGUUGCUCACAUCAAAUUUUAUCCUGAACAAAUGCAAACAGGCGAACGAAUAUAAGAUUUAUCCUUUCGUAUUGGAUACAUGCAAUAAUUGGUCAUACGGAGAUCAAUUAAGAGCAAUACGGUUUCCAGAUGUGUGCCCUGUUAUGCCUGACGACAAACCGAAUAAUUUUUCAAUGUGUGCGGGUGAUUUCCUGGAAGCAACGAGAAGCGAUACAGAGCGAUGGGAUGUUGUUGUAACGAUUUUUUUUAUCGAUACUGCAAUCAAUGUGCUCGAUUAUAUUGAUACGAUUCAUAAGAUAUUGAAAAAAGGUGGCUUGUGGAUCAAUUUCGGGCCGCUUACCUUUCAUUUCGCUGAAGGAGAAGCUGAGGGCGCUAUCGAACUACCAUAUGAUUCAAUUAUUCAAUAUAUUACGAAGAAAAAUUUUAAGUUUGAACGCGAUGAAGGGGCCGACAGAUCCAAUCCUGCAUUAUAUGCUUGUAAUCAGAAAUCGAUGUUACGUUAUCAAUAUAAUUGUGGAUUCUUCGUGUGCACAAAAUUGUAG